AUGGCGAAGGAGCACCAGGAAAGAAGUGCGAGGCCGCAGUUUCCACAGCAGCUCCUUGGGGGCAUGGAAGCCCCGCAGGCGGCCAGGGACACGAGGGCCAGCGGAAGGGUGCAGGCGAUUGCUGCUGACCAGCCUCAGAGCCCCCCUCCCCGUCGGGUGAACGGAGUCCUGGGGGGCUCGGCGGUUCUCUCGGUGAACAUUGCGCCCCGUGCCAAAGUGAAGGAGAUUGAGUGGAGCUAUCGGGCUGGAUCGGGACCAGCGCUCCUGGUGGCUUUGUUUCGGGAUGGCAGAUUUGACCGCCCUGAUCCCAGUGACCGGUUCAAGCAGAGGAUCGACAUGUUCAACGAGACCCUGAGGAUCAGGGCCCUGGAGCUGAAUGACAGCGGCAUCUUUGGAGCGCGGCUGAAGAUCUUCCCGGCCCUCGUGGAAGACCAGCUCUUCCACCUGACAGUCUACGAGCCUGUUUUGACCCCGCGCAUUAAGAGCCAGCUGGUCUCCAGCACCCCCAGCGGGUGCAACGUGACGCUUCAGUGUCUGUCGCCAGGGAAGGGCCCCGUGAACGUCACCUGGAGGAAAGGCAACCCCAUCCGAGACCUUGGCAGCGCAGACAGAUACCAGGUCUCUCCUGACGGCAGGACCCUCCAGCUCUCUUUGCAGCCCACCUCUCUGAACACCACCUACUCCUGCAUGGCCAGCAACCCCGUGGAGCACAAGAUCGUGUCCUUCGACUUGCAGAGGAUCUGCCAGAGUGGAGGCACUGGGGGCAAUCCGGCACAGAAUCCGCCCCGCCAGGUGAACGGGAUCCUGGGAGGAUCUGCCCUGUUUCCUCUGAUGGUACCUUCGACACAAAGGGUGGACAGAACUGAGUGGUUCUUUCAAGGGGGGUCCAGCCCAGAAAUUCUGACUGCCACGUUCAGGGAUGGAAAACUGGAGCGGCAAAAUACCCGUGACAGGUUUGGGCAACGGCUAGAAAUGGCUGGCGAGACCAGGCUACGGAUCAGGGCCCUGGAGCAGGAGGACGGCGGCCUGUUCACAGCCCGCGUUCUUUUUGCCACUGCUGAAAUCCAUGAGCAGACCUUCCAACUCGGGGUCUUUGGGCCUGUCCCAGACCCUCAGAUACGCCACCGCCUGGUCUCCAGGACUGCCGAUGCCUGCAAUGUGACGCUGCAGUGCCUGGCGCCUGAAAGGGGGGGAAUUAACGUCUCCUGGAGAAGAGGGAAGCAGCUCCGUGCCCUAGAAGGAGCUUCGGACUGGUACCGGCUCUCUGCUGCAGACACGGAUCUCCACCUGUCUUGGCUGCCCGACUCCUCGGACUCCACCUUCACCUGCCUGCUCAGCAACCCUGCUGAGCAAAGGAACGUCUCCUUCGACUUGCUCAGCAUCUGCCAGAGUGAGGACUCUCACCCCCAGGAGGUGUGGAUUCUCGUUCCUGUGACACUGUUGCUCAUCCUGGCUGCGGGUCUUGGGAUUUGCCUGUGGAAGAAACGGCCAACCCGAGGAGCCGUUCCUCCAAUAAGGCCUGAGAGGAGAGGCACCCCUGAGCCUCACUACGCGGAGGUGCAAAAGAGGAGGAGCCCCCCAGAAGGCAAUGAGGACCAGGAUCCUGACCCGGCAGAGACUCCCAUGGUGACGACUCCUGUAACCGUCUACGCUCAGCUGCAGCGACCUCUGGCCACCUAAGCAAGACAAGGCUUGGCCAGGGCUUGCCCCCGCCCCCCAAGGACGUUGAUGAGCGGGAAAGCGUCCAGCAUAGGGCAACAAAUCCGGCAAUGGGGCUGGAGGAGAGGUUGAAGGAGUUGGGAAUCUUUGCCUUGGAGAAGAGACGCUCGUGAAGUGACUUGUUUUCUACCUUCCAAUACCCAAAUAGCUGUAGGGGUUCGAUGCUGUGGUCCCAGGGCACUCAGCCAUGGGCUUUUCUCAGCUAGUUCUGUAAAAGGACUUAUCCUUUGCUCAAAAUAUAGAUCGCUUCUGAUCUGCACCCUCCGUCUGCUUCACCUUCCGAGCUCGUCUUCCCAUGGGCUGUUUAUUUUUUCUGCAGCAGACCAACUUUAAAAGCAGUCCUUCCUCUUUUUAAAAAGGUUCAUUUUAAAAUGUCCUGAUAAUGUUCCUGUUUAUAAAUCAUCUGAUUUAUGAGCUAUAAAUGAGAACGUUACCUGUCUAAGACUGGGAAUUUCCAAACAAUUUGCAAGUUCCUGUUUAAAUGAGGUCAAUUUUGGCUGUUAUAUUUUCAAGCAAGGGGAAGCACAAAUGUUCUUGCAAUGAAGGCUCAGUUCACAGAACUGUUUUUUGUACGUUGGUCAACAUGAUCUGACAUUUUCCAGCGGAUUUCUGGGUGAUUACCUGGUUUUACGAGCAUUUUUGUUCCUCUCCAGUAAUUCCCAGAAGUCCUGGUGGGUGGAUUCUCCACCCACCCACAGCUCCCGUUCCUCAAUGGCAUAAAGUUUUAUAAAUAACGGACCAAUUUCCCAUUUUCUAACUGACUCUCCUGCUCUCACUCUGUCAUGGGCCCUGCGCGGUCCUCAACAGGCCAUUUUUCAGAAUUUACAAAGAAAUGUUUGUCUGGUUACUCUGAAAGUCCCCUGAGAAGCCACCUUGACUGUGGGUGGCUGGGCUUUGCUACUGUUGUUGUUGUUGUGAGCCACAGACUUUACUAUCAAUACUGUUCAAAUUGAUUUAAGAUUAAAAACAUAAAAAGAAAUGUAGAGUAUAAUCACAAGGUGGGUCUCCCUUCUCCGAGAUCCUGUUUCUAACAGUGGCCAGGCAGAUGUUUUGGGAAGCUGACAUGUAGGUAGUCAGAAGAGCCCUCACUCUCCUGGCUUCCCGUAAACAAUGCAAAACCGAAAAAGGCUUUUUAUUCAAAUAGAGUUGGGGAUCAUAGACUUCAUCACCAUUUUUGCCUUAUAUAUUAUCUGCUGCUUUAAAUAUGUACUCCUAUGUACAACCAGCGCUCCAUGUUGUCUAAUGUUAGUCGCAGAAUCGAUUAUGUUUUGCUUCAGUAUUUUCUACUGUCUUGGAUCCUUGCUAAUCCUUGGAUCCUUGCUAAUGCUAUGUCUUUAAACUUUAAUACCUUAUGGUACUGAAAUGUACUUGAUACUGAUUGUAUUAACCUCAUACUGUGUAAUCUGCCUUGAGUCUCAGUGAGAAAGGCAGACUAUAAAUGACGUAAAUAAAUAAGUAGGACAAAAAGGCAGUCGGUACUCCUUUGCUGCUGCAGCCCGUGUGCAAAGGUACGCUGCCUCUGAACCUGGAAGUUCCAUUUAGCUGUUCCGGCCAGUAGCUGCUUAUAAAUGUGAAUUUGCCCCGUCUUUUUCAUAAACAAAAGCCACCCCAGUGGGAGGCUCUCACGGCACCCCUUGCAGCAGUGCGUCCUAUAGAGUAUGUGCUGAGUGAAGAAGCGCCGCGUUCUGCCUGUGGUGCUGGCAAGGGUUCCAUCCUGCCAUCGGAGAGGGAAUGUGGAGCACGCACACACGCGCACGCACAUAACGCACAGCUUUAUUAUCUGUUCUUUCCCCCUGGUUUCAAAAUCAGAGGCACAAGUCAGAAAAUGAAAUACUCUUUGCCCGCAAGUCUUGACAUAUUUCUGUUUUCUUCCAGGCAUCGUGUUGAUUAUAGCAACAUUUUAAAAUUAAAAAGUCCAAGUUGUGUUUUCUAUUUCUGUGUCUCAAGAGAAUUAAAAUUACUUUGCUGUCUCUGCA